ACGCUGUUCAUGACCCACACAACUGAACCGCAGUGUGCUCUGUGAAUACAAAGCCAUUCAAUGUUGUGUUAGCCUACUUAAAUCAACUUUUUGACAUGCAAAUCGAAAGUCUUUCAAGCAUCAUAGAGGAGUGUGACAAUGGCAUUUUACAUAAAGGGGUGGUUAUAAAAAAAAGAUGUCCAUUUUCAGUCUAAAGGAAGAAAACAAACUGCAAGAAACAACGCAUCCUCGCAUUCCCUCUUCGAAGUGUUUGGCAGGCGCUAUCGCUCUAUCACUACUCGUACAAACAGAUUGCAGCGAACGAAGUUGCUGAUAUUGCUUAUUCUGGGCCUAUCUAUCCUGUCCAUUUAUAUGUUCACAAAAGCAAGAGUGAACGAUGGCGAAGAUGUAGGCCUACCCUUACUUGUAAAGUCCAGGUCAUCAGCGGAGAAAAAGAAUGCUUUUGUGGAAUAUACUGGAAAAACGUGGAUGUCCUUUACUGACGUAGAUAGUCCUGGAGUUUAUCGGGCAUGCGUACCACGGCCGUAUCCCGAGACAAAUUUGCAGUCAACAGUGACCGGAGGAAUAGUAGAUGACACAAAGCAAAUGACAAUUAUCCACUGUUUAAACAUGUGCAUUAAGCUUAGUUACACGUACGCAGCUCUCGGAAAGGGUACGCAGUGUCUCUGUAGCAACAUCAGAAGUAAAGAAAACACAUUACUCGACUACAAAGACAGUAAGUUUUGUGACGUACCAUGUAGUGGUGAGGCUCUCUACAACUGUGGAGGAGAACAAUACCUGUCGCUUUAUCGAACUAAGGUUACAGAUGCAAGAUGUUCGAAUAUUGGUCUAAAGCCAAAAGGCAGCUUACCCCUAGUGGCACUAGCAAGCUACCCCAGGUCAGGAAACACAUGGACCAGGCAACUCAUUGAAAAAGCAUCCGGCAUCUACACAGGAAGUACACUCUGGGAACAUGAGAAACAAAUGAAAAUCUCUCAAAAAGGUUUGUAUUUACGAGUAGCCUUCUAAAAGUUAAAAAUAAAAGUACAUAUUUAUAACCUUUAACUAAAAAUAAGGCAUAACUUUGUCUCUUACGUUUGUGUAAGUUGUUUAAACAUUAUGCAUAAACAAAAGAUGAAAAUAAUAUUUUUAAUAUCGUUAUUUCUUACAAUAAUAUAUUCAGCAUGUGAUUAUUGAUUCUAACCUCUUUUUUAAGUUCCGUGAAAACCAGAUAAAUCUAUCAGUUAAAAUAUCUUUUUUGAAAAAUCCUUUAGGCCUAAGUGUGUAAGGUGAUGAAAUCAUGUCAAAAAAUGUUUUAAUAAAGUGAGUGUUCCCCAUGAAAGAUAACAAAAAUGAAAGUAACAUAACCAUACUGACAUAAAAAUAAUAAAGGGCUAGACCAAAUUCAAUAAAAUAGUUUCCCAGUUUGAUGAGAUGAUUGAAAACUUAAGAAUCUGUAGGAAAGACUUGCAGUCCGCUUUAUAUUAUGGAAAUAUUUCAUAUUAUGGAAAUAUGUUAUGUUAUAUGAUUUCGAUUUAAUAAAGAAUUUGUAUAUAAUUUUUCAAUAUUCGUUAAAAUCAGUGGUUGAACGGCGCAUGCAUGCACGUACCCAGUGGCAUCCAAGGUACAUCGACAUAAACCUGUGCUCCGUGUAUGUUUGUAUAUGUCAUAGAGAUAUAAUAAGAAUACUAGAGCGCUAACAGCAAUGUCUUCGAUGUUCGAAAUACGCAGUGCUGUGUGU